AUGGAAACAGUUUUGAAAAAUGUUAAAAAUUUAGACCUGAUCAUGACGGAGUUUAGAUGUGUUGAUCUUACAUGGUCACAUUUUAUAACUCUUUAUCUGCUUGUGUUGAGGCUGCAUUCGCUCACCUUUAAGUCUUUAAGAGUUUUAUUUUGCGAUCUUCUUAAAAAGAAUGAACGAAAAGCGAAGAUAAAAAUCACCAAAAAAAAAGAAGGUGAAACAGAAGAACUGAAUAAUUACCGAUCGCUGACCACCAGCACUAAAAAGAAACGAACUUUUCGUAUUCGUUUUAAACCAUUUCUUGCAUGUGGGAAUGAAAAAGAGUAA